GUAAUGAUUCCUUUUCUCUUUACUCAUUUUUAACCCUAUAAUUUUUUACGUUUUUUUAAAGAAAAAAAUUAUUAACGUGAGAGAGAGAAAGCAGACAGGAGAUACAUAAAGAUUCAUUUAUGGCUUCACAGUUCUGAUUUUUUCUUGUUCGUUUUGGGUGAUUCCUGGUCUCUGCUUGGUUCACCUUUGCAGUUUUCGGAAUGGAGGAUGCGAGAAAUACAAAGGAAAAUACUCCUUCGGAAUCCUCUUCUAUAUCAGGAGUUUCUGUACCAAAUGUUCAACCAAACAGUGCAUCUCAAAUGAGUCAACACAUCAAUGGAAAUGUGACCACCGAAGCACAGCAUUCAGCUGUGAAUAGUUCUAAGUCAGAGCACUUGAAAGAAGACUCCCAUGGCAUAUCCCCAGAAGGGGAUUAUCCUUCUCCGGCAGGGAUGGUUACAACAUCUGCUAAAACUGAUGAUACAGAAAAUCCAGAGAUGCCGGAGCCUCACAGAGAUGAACGUUCAGCAACUCUUUCAGUAUCCAUUCCAUCUUCUGUGUUGGAAGCGAAACCACAUACUACUUCUGCUACGCCUUCAGUUGAGCAUGAUGUCUCACCUUGUUCAUCCAGUAACUCAGACGCGUUGAAGCUUCAACAUGUAAAGAUAAAUGAAUCCUCUGAAUCUAUUCCAUCUAAAGACUCAGAAAUAAAAGGUGGUUAUCCUAACAGCACCAAAAAUGCCAUUCAUACUCCUGCUUCGUCCCCUCAAGUUAGACACAUUGAAAGUGAGAAUCACUCAUUGCCAUCCGAUAACACUGGUCAGCGACUAGCCAGAAUUUCUACCCAUUUCAUUAAAACUCCAACCCCUAUCCACUCCAAGCAUCCUGAAAAUGCUGAAAAGAACAAAAUUAUAAUUGACACGGCAGCACCUUUUAGAUCUGUAAAGCAAGCUGUUUCUAAGUUUGGUGGAAUUGUUGACUGGAAGGCUCACCAAGCACAGAGCACGGAGAGACAGAAGUUUACUAAUCAAGAGCUAGAGAAAGUGCAGCAGGAGAUUCCAUUGCUCAAAAAAAAGUUUGAAGCUGCUGAAGAUGCAAAACAGUCGGUUUUGAAGGAGUUGGAUAGCACUACACAUCUUGUCGAACAAUUGAAGCUUAAGUUGGAGAGAGCACAGACAGAAGAGCAACAAGCAAGACAGGAUUCAGAACUUGUGAAGCUAAGAGUAGAAGAGAUGGCGCAAGGGAUUGCUGAUGAGUCGAGCAUUGCAGCCAAAGCACAGCUCGAGGUUGCUAGAGCCAGGCAUACUGCUGCGGUAUCAGAACUCCAAACUGUGACAGCUGAAUUGGAAAAGCUUCGUAAAGAUUAUGCUUUCUUGUUGUAUGAGAAAGAAAUAGCACUGAAAAAGGCAGAGGAGGCUGUUUCUUCAUCAAAAGAAGUUGAGAGAACGGUAGAGGAUUUAACUAUUGAGCUCAUAACUUUGAAGGAAUCUCUAGAUGCUGCACAUGCUGCCCAUUCGGAGGCCGAGGAACGUAGAAUUGGAGCAACUAUGGCAACAGAACAAGAUACUCUACAGUGGGAGAAAGAAGUUAAGCAGGCAGAAGAUGAACUCGCGAAGCUAAACCAGCAGGCUAUGUAUGCUUUAGAUCUCAAGUCAAAGUUAGAUGCUGCUAAUGCGUUGCUACAUGAUCUUAGAGCUGAAUUGACUGCUUAUAUGGAAUCAAAACUGGAACAAGAAGUGGAUAAUGAUCAAAACUUGGUAGGUGAGUUGGUAGAGCCUGGAAAAAGAACUCAUGGUGAAAUACAAUCAGCAAUUGAGUCAAGUAGGAAGGAGCUUGACGAAGUUAAGCUCAAUUUAGAGAAAACAAUUGCUGAAGUGAAUUGCUUGAAAGUGGCAGCCACUUCGUUGAAAUCGGAAUUGGAUAUAGAAAAAUCAGAACUUUCCACCACUCGCCAAAGAGAAGGAAUGGCAUCAAUUGCUGUUGCAUCUCUUGAAGCUGAGCUAAAUAGGACUAAAUGUGAUAUUGCCCUAUCGCAGAUGAAGGAGAAAGAAGCAAGAGAAAAGAUGCUAGAGAUUCCAAAACAACUUCAAGAUGCUGCUCAGGAGGCAGAUUUGGCAAAGUCACUUGCUAAAACAGCAUGUGAGGAGCUGAUAAAGGUAAGGGACGAAGCAGAGCAAGCAAAGGCUGAAGCAAGUACCAUACAAAGUAGAUUAAGUGCAGCUGAAAAGGAGAUAGAAGCUGCAAAAGCCUCAGAGAAAUUGGCAAUUGCAGCUAUCAAUGCACUGCAAGAGAGUGAAUCGGUUCAAGGCACCAAUGAUGAAGAGUCACCAACUGGAGUAACACUUACUUUAGAAGAGUACUAUUUACUCAGCAAGCAAGCCCACCAGUCAGAAGAGCAAGCUAACAGGAGGGUGGCUGCUGCUCUCGCCCAAAUUGAUAUUGCCAAGGAGUCAGAGGUGAAAAGCUUGAGUAAGCUAGAGGAAGUUAAUAAUGAGAAAGCUGAAACAAGGGAGGCUCUAGAACUUGCACUGGAGAAGGCCGAUAAAGCCAAAGAAGGGAAACUAGCUGGAGAACAGGAAUUGAGACAGUGGAGGGCAGACCAUGAGCAAAGACGUAAAAACAAUGAACCUCAUCCAGUGGUGAACCCAACAAAGAGCGCAAGAUCAAGUUCUGAAGAUAGAAAAGAAUCGAAGGCCUCCGCCCUGCAUCAUACAUUAAGUGCCAAUGAGCACAUGGAAGUGAACAACCCUGAAAAAUCAUUGAUGCAGGAAACCAACAGUGAAACUGAUUCAUCUUCUGCUGAAGUGAAGAUAAGAAAGAAAAAGAAGAAAUUAUUUCCUCGGUUCCUCAUGUUCUUGACCAAAAAAAAAUCACAAUCCAAGACAACAUGAUGCUCUGUGUGCACAGCUAUAAACACCAUCAUGGCAUUCACACACCAAAGUCAAAUUCUUAUAGAACAUAGAUUGUAUUUUUAUGUAUUAUAUAGGUAUUAAUAUUCAGUUUCUGAGGCUAAGUGGCUGGCAGGGUUCAGGAAUAGAAUAAGUCUGUUGUCUCUUCAUGAGAAACAGAUAAUAAGGCGGUUCUGUAAUUAAAUUGAGUUCCUUCAUUCCUUGUUUGUGAUGUUUUCAGAUGUAUAAGCUGUUGGACAUUUUUUAGGUCCUUAUGUGUUGUUUUCUGAGUUUUUUGUAUGCACUAUGGUAUUGUAUAUUGAAUACAGCUAUCAGGAAUAUGUAAAUUCACUGUCCAUUUGCUCUUUGACUUUU